CCAGGAACUGUGGUGUGACUGGCAGAGCGGUCAGUCCAGAGCUGGAAAAGAAGCGCUAUUAUUAAAUAAAUUAUUAAAUAUGUCUUAACCGACUGUUUCUGAUGUCAUAACGCUGUUGGUUAACAGUAGAAACUCAUUUCUACCAGCAUGAAUCUCGGAGAUGGCCUGCUGUUUGAACUUGAAAAUGGAAAACCCAAGUUGAUUUUACUCAGUCAUGGUGCUGAGAAGAAUCCAGCAAAGCUGUCAUUCAAACCCAGAGCGGCGGCUAAGAUCCUGAACUCCAGGCAGCUGUCCUGUGUUGAGGAAGUGCACGGAGCGGAGCCUCCAGCCCGGCAGCAGCUGGCGAGGCGCAGAGAAACCAAGAGCAAGGCAGGAGGAGUAGCCGCCUCCUUCAUCUCCAACACCACCACCAUCGGAGGGAGGAACUCCACUCUUGCAUCAUCCAAGACACAUGAGCAUCUCAAAGGGGGCAACGUCAAGGUUGUUGCCAAGGUGAAGUCAGACAGACAUAAGCACAGCACGACUGUUGGCUCCCUGAGAACCAAUGGGAAAACAGCACAGCCUCAGAGGGCUGGUGGGAAGGGGGGACUGAAGGACUCGCAGGCUGGUGGAGACGCAGGACUGAAGGACAGUGUGGUUUGUCUGAGCAGCGAGCAGCUGCAGCACAUCCUCCACACCAUCCACACCUCCAGCACACACCAGUACAUACCAGAGGAUCGCAGCACCCAGGACUCCAAAACUGGAUCCUUAAUGAAUGGAGGAGGAGGAGGUGGGAUGAAGGAGGAAGACAGAGGAGGAGGAGGAGGAGGAGGAACAGGAGGAACAGAUAAUAUGUGUGUGGCAACAUCUGAGGAUAAAGACAACAGGUUGUCUGGAUGUCCGUUCAGCUGGCUGGAGGAGCGACAGUCUCUCAGCAGAGCAACCAUGGACGCCAAGAAGGCUCAGUGGAGGAGAGAACUAGAUGAGCAAGUGGCUCUGAAGCAGCAGCAGCAGAGUUCAGCUCCUGGCAGACUGCAGGCAGAGGAUGACACAGAGAGUGUGUAUUCAGUUCAGAGCUCCAUCAGCCACAGAGACCAGCCUGCAGCCAUCAGAUCCAGCCUCAGACUCGGGGAGGUCACCCCGAUGGAGGAGGUGCUGUGUGUGGAGAGGAGGGAGGAGCAGAGGAGGCGCUGGCUGGAGGAGCUGGACAGACAGAGGGAGGAGACGAGUGAACGCAGGAGACGAGAGAAACUGCUGCAGAGCCAGACGGAGGAUCAUGAGCUCUGGGCCGCACACUUUGACUCUCUGCAGCGACGGCCUCCUGUGCAGACUGCAGCUCCAUCAGCUCCAGCCCCGUCCCGUGUCUCUGAGUGGGAGCCCUCCUCCAGCCUGUCUCUGGUGUGGGAGGCCGCCAGCAGCUGUGGAGCAGAGAGUGUUGUAGCAGCCAGCAUAGAUACAGCCAGCGGAUACCUGAUGAGAGCCAGCCAUCUGAGGACCAUGACCGCCCUGCUGGAUCCCACCCAGAUAGAAGAGAGAGAGAGGAGGAGGCUAAAACAGCUGGAUCAGCAGCAAGCAAUCGAGGCCCAGGUGGAGGAGCGACGGAGGCAGAAGGAACAAGAGGAGGCGAGGAGAAGAGAGGAAGAGGAGGAGGACGAGAGGAGGGUGGCGCUAGAGAGGGAGAUGCUGGAGAGACAGUACGAGAUCGACACACAGAGGGAGAAGCAGAAGUCGACCAACCUGGCAGAGCAGCUAGAGAAAGGCAACGAUGACGACAAAAAGAAACAGCAGGACAUGCAGGAGCCCAGCGCAGAAAAUAGGCAGAGCGAGUGUUUGGAGAGGGAAGAGGUCAGCAGUUCAGCCUCACCAUACAGAGACUCUGCUGUACAGACAGAAGCAGCUCCCAUCGUUCAGACUCUUGAAGUCGCUGCACAGUACCAGCCCCCCCCUCUUCCUUCAUCUGCUGCUCCUCCAAACACCAAGACCCGAGCAACUAAAACUGGCAAGGAGAACAUCUGUCUGCCUGAGGGAGGAGGAGGAGGAGGCGAAAGAGGUAGAGGUAGAGGAGGAGGAGGAGGAGGAGGAGGAGGAGGAGGAGGAGGAGGAGGAGACGACGACCCUUAUGAGGCGUUUGCCAGAACAGACAGGAGCAGGGGGGACAAGAGGAGGCCGGAGUGGAACACACAGAGGCCCAGUCGGCAGUUUGUUCCCGCCUCGGAGCGAUACCCAGCAGCUCUGCAGAGGAACAGGCAGGAAAGCCGCCAGAGGAGGCAGGCCGAGCUCCUCGCUCUGCAGGAGAGGACCUGUCUGUCCAGAGCCGACCCUCCUCCUCCUCCUCCACCCCCUCCUCUUCCUCAGCAGCGGGAGCUUUCUGUCUCCUCCAUCCCAACACAGACCAGAACCAGUCUCACCAGGAAGGUGGAGAGUGCUUCCAGAGGACUCAGCAUCCCUGCAGCCAUCAGCACUGAGAGUGGGCGCUCUCCUCCCAUCCCCGCUGUCAGACUCAGAGUCCAGGGUCAGCAGGCACCUCCCUCCUCCACCUCUCCUCCUCCCCUGGAGUUCAUUCCUUACGUCCGGACUGAUGAAGUCUUCAACCUGGACCCACUGGAGCCUGCUGACACCCCCCCACCUCAAACACUCACAGACGCUCCUCAGAUCUCAGCGCCUCCUCCCCCACAUCGACUCCUCCACCCUGAACUGCUGCGCAACACACACACACACCGACAGCAGGAAAUCCUCCGAGGCCUGGCCCAGCUACGGCAGGGUUUAUUACAGAAGCAGAGGGAACUGGAGACUGAUCUGAAUCCUCUCCUGAAGCGCCAGGACAGCGAGCAGCGGUCACCCUCGUCAACGCACCGCAUGUGACCUCUCACCCCUGCUCCGUGUGUGUUUGUUCCUGAGUCAGGAGAAAGAAGAGGCUCUACAGUGUUUGAACCGGUCGUCAUGGAGAACAUUUGACAGAAUCAGGAGCUUGGAAACUGGAUGUGCCACAAAGACGACUUGACUUGUUUGAUUGUGGGGAUUUUAUGAAAACCAAGCUUUGAAUGUGACAGAUAUUCUGGAUUUUGAAUGUAUUAGUAAGCCCAUUUCUGGUGAUGAUUUUUCUCAGUCAGAUUUAUAGCCUGGUCUGAUCCUAAUUGUUUUCUCUCUUAUGUUUACGACUUUAAAAAGAGGUGGAAAAAUAACCAGGAUUUUCCAUUUUAAAUUGUGAAUCUUCUCAUCUAAUGGGAAAUGAGCUGAUAUUUUUGUCAGCAACGAAACAGCAGAAUGUGUGCACAUACUCCAGUGUAAGUAGAACUGAACAGUGGUUUCAGCCAGCUGCCAUUUCUGCCACGGCAUCUUUUAGUUUCAGCUCUGAUCGCCUGAACCUUGUUUGUGGUGCUACGGAAAGAAGUAGUCAGUUUAAAACUCAAAAAUAGAGCGAGCGGUUUUGAGUUAAGCUGUAGCGUUGGUCUUUAUUAGAACAUUUAUAGUACCACUCUUCAGGUGGUCGAAAAGACCAAAACAUACACACAAAUCUCACCAGUUUCACAAAAUUGAGAAAUAUUGAAUAAUUGAAAUCUGCUGCAUCAGUUCUACCUCACAUUCAGACUGUUUAAAUCACGUAGGCUGCUCUGGAGAAAAAAACACUCAUGUUAAUUCUUAUCGAAUAGGACAAACAUGUGUUCUCACUAACUGAAUUUAAUUAGGAACAUUUUAAAAUGUAGUUUUUAAUGCACUUUCCAUGAAUGAGCCUAACAAAAAGGUGUGGAGUUUUACUUGUUUAUUAAAAUCAUGAAAGAAUGAAUACUUUUUGUUUCUUCAGCUUCCUGCUGGCUAGGAGCUUUGUUAGCGUAUGCUUCUGUGUUUUGUGGGUUUAAUGUGCUUUUUUAUUUAUUGCAAAUAAAAAUAUGUAAAGUGUUACGAGAACCUUUACAUUUCCUACAACUAGA